GUUGCUUCCCAUGAAAUUGUACGCGCUGCUGAACUUUGCUGGUAAUGUUUUAUUUUAUGGCAACAUGAUCUCAAAAGAUGUCGACAAAAGGUGAGUGCAGCCUUUGAUGAUGGCGGAUUUCAUAGGCAGUAGUCAUAGACAUGAAGAAGGAGAUCUGUGCCCUCUCAUGGUCUGUCCUGGUAUCUUCCAGCGUAUGGAAGCUGUCUCUUUGGAAAACAACUUCUCACAAGCUUGUCAAGUGAUGGAGUACCUUCUUGAUCUUCAUGAUAGGUACAAAGAUGCUAAAGACAGACAGGCUGGUUUGGACACGGAAGCAGACACCAUUUCAUUUUCAGAUUUGGAAGGUUGUAAGCAGGAAGGUGGUGAAAGCAGGACAAUUAAACCAAUAGAAUUUGACGAACCUGAGGAUUUGCCAACUUCUCCUACAGGUUCCAGUGACAUUAUUACCAAAGUGUUCAAAUGUCCCAAAUGUACUUCUCAGUUUCAUUCUACAUUAAAGUUGCACUUUCAUCUUGCAAUAAAGCAUCAGAUCUCUUCAAGGAAAACACCACCAGGAAAAGAAAUUGGUCAUUCUGUGGAAACCUCAUGUCCUGUUUGUGGGAAAAUGUUUUUUAACACAAAGACCUUAAAAUUCCAUAAUCAUAUCUGCUUUCCAAAACUACUAAAAUUGAAACCAAGAUGGAGAGAAUUCAAUAAUCAUCAUUGUCAUAGGUUGCACAUCAAUCCCUUGAGAAACUUGCAUCAGAAUAAAAUCAAGAAACAUUUUUUGGGGAAUGGCUGUACUUGUGGACAAUACUUCCAUUGGAAAAGCCUUUAUUUUCAGCACAAAAAAGUCUGCAAGACACAGAAAGAAUCAGUAAGUUUAAAGAAGAUAAGAAAACUGAAAAGCCAUCAAAAUCAUAAAAAAGAACAGGAAAAGAAAACAAUAGAUACUGAAUCAACAGCUUUACUAAAAGACAACAGCAUGGAGGCAAAACUACGUGAGAAUCUUAUCAAGGAAGGAAUUUCACUUUCAGAGGAGACCCAAGAACUUAAUGAUGUGCACAAUUUAUCAUCCGAGAAUACUGAUCACAGAGUUGCAAAUGAUAUUGUGCCUUUGAAUUUUAAAAUAAAAAAGGAAAGUUUGGAAAAUGAGGGUAAUAUUCAAGAAAAAGAGCAUCCUAAAGAUUGUCAAAGUAACAUGUCAACCAUGGAAAAUAUUGAAAAUCUUGCAGCAGCAAUAUCCAAAUCUGGAGAAGACCACACUAAAAUCAAAAGUAUGGCCAUUUCUGAAAACUAUGCAGAAGAGAAUAGCACCAAAGUGAAGGAAGAGCGAUGUUCCUUGCAAGAUGUUAUGGAAUUGCAAAAUAUAUCAGAGGGAAAGAAUAUGGUUUCACAGGAAAAAGAUAAAAAUUCAGAACAUGAGACCUUCUACAUGGAGGAUGAGGUAGCAGUUGUUGAUUUGUCAAAAAUGAAUGUAGCCAUGAAUUGCUCUAGUUUGCAGGGAGAAACGUUGGCUCCUAUCAUGUCUAGCAAUGUAAGACAAGAAAAUCAGCUUCAUCCAUUAAGGACUGAAGAAAGUGAAAGUCAAAAAGAAGAACAAAAGGUUUUGAAUCUCAGCAAUAAACAAGAUUACAGAGAGGAGAGUCUUGAAAUGCAGAGGCAUUAUGAGCAAAGAUAUGGAGACAAUUUUGAAAUGUUUUCACAGUGCCCUAAUUGUUUGGGCUCGUACAAGUCAUCACAGGACCUCCUUCAGCAUAUCCAGAACUCUCAGUGUAGAUUUGUAUUUGAUUUAGCUAAUGCAAAAGGCACACAGCACAGAGUAUGUCGAAUAUGCAAUAUAACUUUGAAAAACUUUUACUCUUUCAUCCAGCAUUUAUAUGAGAGACAUGGAAUUCAGGGUAUUUACAAUUUGAAACAGAGUUCACAAGUGAAACCAUGCAAGAUAUGUGGUCAGAAGUUCCUUUCUGAAGCCUAUCUUCGAGAACAUGUUCAAGGUAAGCACAGCAGUGUAAGGCGGUAUGCUUGCACUUGUGGAAAGACCUUCAAAUGGAGGAGCUCUUUCAGUGGACACAGACGGAACUGUAGUGGAACAAUAUCGUGCAUCAACAAACCAUAUCCAACCACCAUGUGUAGGUACACCAGGAAGCGUCAUGGGCUGAACCACAGUGGUAGUCUGGCAUCAAACAGUGGUAACAUGGUACCACCACCUAUAGUGGCUAAACAAGAGAGAGAACAGCCAUUGCAACCAAAGCAAUUCUCCAAUGACAAUGGCACUGGAAAAAUUCCUGGUGUUCAUACCAUACUGAAUGACUUAAAAGUCAGGUACCCCAAACCCUCUGCUGCUGACACAGUCUCACAUUUCAAAACAAAAGAACCUUCCCCUUUGCCCCCAAGAGCGCAUGCAGAUUUAACUGUACAGAAAAUGAACAAUAAGCCUUUAUCUAAUUCCCUAAAGACAGAUCUCAACUCCCCAGCGACCCAAAAAAUAAUCGAAAGCUUGAAACAGCGAGCCAAUGUGAAAUGGCCAGCUAAUAAGAAUAGUCCAUCAAGCAGUUUAAAACCUGAGUCUAAGACGAUUAACCAGCACACUCCACAGCCGGUGACAACAGCAAAUGAUCCAUCCAAACCUAUGGCAGUUUCCUCAGCAGCAACUAAUUUCUCUAAAAGUCAUCAUUCAUUAAAUUCUACACAAACUGAGAACAAUGCCUUUAUGCACACUUCUGGCAAUCCGUAUGGUAUGGUUUUCCCUGUAGGAGAUUCGAUGGCCAAUUUGAGUCAGUAUAUACCAUAUCAGAAUUUCGGAUUUAACGCUCUCAACAUGCAACAGCUGUAUCAUCAAAUGUCGGCGUCACUGUCCAAGAUAUUUUCCUCAGAGAAUAUUAAGGGUGACACCAAUGAAAAAGGCUUGAACAGGAAUGUAGAAAAACCAUCGCGUGAAAACUUUCCGGGACAGUAUGUAAAUAAAGCUCCGAACAAGCCACGUGACAUCGAGUUCUUAGGCAGCUCACAGAAAAAGCCCUCUCCAUCCUCAGCAGCCCAUACUGAGGGGCCUCUCUUCUGUCCUGCGUGCAAGAUGUCUUUCUCGGACAAGAUGUCCUUGGAAAUGCAUGUCUUAAAAUGCAAGAAUCGGUCCAUGGCCGUGUACACGUGCUCUAUUUGUGGGAUGAAAUUGCGCGGGAAGGCGUCGCUACGGGAACACACACUAGGGAAACAUAGUGCUACGCGCUACUCGUGCUCGUGUGGAAUGAAGUUCAAGUGGCGGAGUUCGCUGGGAUCGCACCAGAAACAUUGCGACCAAUAUCUGAAACACUUUUAGUCGUGCUGCUGUUAGAAUUUUUCGAUAAUUAUUAGUGCCAUACAUGUAUCAGUAGAGUUUAUUUUUUAGUUUUCAUUGUAUUUCCGUCUGUGUUGAUGUUAAUUUAAUUCAAUAAAAAUUUAGAAGUUUUUACAAA